CGAUAACAUUGCGUCACUUCUUCCUGUGUCUUUCCGCAUGGAGACGACUAUUGUUGCUGUCAGAAAACCUAGUAGUUCUAGCCGGGUAAAGUUCAGAAGUUACAUACACACUGAUUUACCCAUAUGGAAAGUAGUCGGAGUACAUAGCUACCCAGCUAAAACCACUGGUGUAGCUACCAAUGAAUGGAACCGGUCUAUUUUGGGUGCCGUAGCCGUUUUGCCUAAGACAUACCGGUAGGAUUAUCCUAUGGAUAUUUUCCUCACAUGCUAGAAAGCUAUCUCAUUAACGUAAAUGGCUAGCUAGUUCGCUAGCUUUAUGGCUGUAGCCGAUUACCUUGGUUUCUGUAGCAAAACGGUAGCUUGCCAGCAAGCUAGCUAAUAGGUUCCCCCAGUGAAGUUCCUGAAUGCUUGACAAAUUAAAUGCAUCACUGCUACUAACAGCAGGCCAGAUAAUGUAGACAUAUUAGACCUAAUUUUUAGUAAGAUUUUAGAUAUAACCUCGUUUACUUGUCAGCCUUUAAACGGUAGCUGCCUAACUGGAUUACUGCUAACUUGUUAGCGAGCUAGCCAAUAGGAUUAAUGACAACUGACUAGCUAGAUAUCUUGUACUCCGCAUCUGAACACGUAGCUACUCAGCUAGUUUGUUCUCGUAACGAACAGUUAACCUAAUUAGGGUAGAACGAAAAUCUAAUCUAAAAAAAUCUUGAAUUUAAAACUAAAGCAACUAAGCUGCUAGCUAAUUAACGUGCUAUUAUAAUAUUUUGCGAUUAAUCAUAUUCGUUAUCUUUAGAUUGGCUAACUACCAAGGUUACGUUGAAUGAUUUUAAAGUUAUUUUACUUGGCUAGCUAGCUAGCUAAAUUGACGUAUUAAAUAAAUGUUCAGGAUUUCAACCAGUGGCCGGUUUUGAAUUCCCCAAAGCGUUUUGAAUGAGCGAAGAAACUCCACCGCCUGUCGAUGUUUCCACGCACUGCUAUCGCCACAGUUUGUAGGAAGUGAUGUGGUAACUUUUCGACAGAUGUGUUAGCUUGGUUAGCUGUCUAGCCAUCUUACACAGACGAACGCAGUGGAGCCUUAGAGUAACAGUUAAAAGGGAAAGUACUUUUACCCAAAUGCGUUGGGAUCUCUAGAUAUAUAACAACAUAGGUUAUCUUGUUCGGGAUUUUAGUGGAUUUUGUCUUUUAUCUUAGAAUGCUACCGAAGGUUUUUACAGUGAGCAAGUGUCUUAAAUAGAUAGAGAGGUUAGCGACAAUGUCGUUUAUUGAAAGUUUAUUCGGGUAUGUUGGCGACUUACCCUGGGUAUGUAUGGUUACUCUCUUUAUCGCCUCCCUCGUAACACUGAUCGUGUACUUCGUGCAAUAUUUUGCAAACCAACCUCAUAUUGAGGAUACGACUCAAGUAAGCGGCGUUUCAGAGGAAGCAGAUGCUCUGUUAUGUUGGGCGCUGUCAUUGCAAAGCUGGAAGUGUAAGUGGAGAAGAGAGUUGUUUCGAGCAUUGAAUGAAGAAUCUAAGAUACCAGAGGGGCAGAUGAAACUGACCUUUGAAGAAGAUGGUGUGCAUUCAUCAGAACUUACUGUGGGCCACAUUUCAAGCUUUAAGAAAUCGCCUUGUCAAAAGAAUGUGAAAUGCCUCGUGGUCGGAGACGAGUUGCGGUUUUGCCUCAGUGCCUCACCAAGCUCGACCUCAUCAGAAGCCCCUUUGCGAUACAGUGUGAAAAUAGCCCCUCUUCACUUGCAGAUGGCCCUGCACAUGAGAGAGCUGGAUGGUGAGGUGCAGAUUACCUGGGGAUUGGAGCACCUGGAUAGCACAGUGCUGACACUCAUCCCCAAUGGCACACAGACAGAAGGCCUGAAUGUGUGUGCAGUAAGAGACAGACUUCGGCAGGUCCUGUGUGAUGUUCGCCCUGCUGUAGCUCUGAGCAGCUGCCCUACCCAGUCUGCAGAGCAGAAGGAAGUCAGGAACAAGACCCCCUUGGUGACCUCUCCCCCCAAACCCCCACGCGCACACGACUGGAAACUGUUAGUGAAGAACAUCCAGGUCACGUGCAAGCAGGACAACAGUACUGCAGGUAGUGCGAGUCUUCAGUGUGCUCUUCAGUUGGAUGACCCUCCUCAGAGACUGUUGAGCUCGGUGUACAUCUUGGUGUUGGCUCACUCCAGCAGUGCAGUCUGGGAGCAGCCCUUUGUGUUUGAACUCAGUGGCAGGUCAAAGGAGCUGAAUUUGCAGCUGUUGGAUAAUGGGAGACCACCAGAGUGCUGCUUGCUGGGUCAGGUGUGUGUGCCCUUUGACCUGGUGAAGAAGCAUCCCAGAGGACAGCAGUCCUUUGCCCUCAUGAGCGCUGACAGAGUGACUGGUUCACUAACUGCUGAGUUCACCUACCUGGAGCCGAGCGAGGUGCGCGCCUGGCAUCCCCCCACCCCUGCACCCGCUAAACGUGUGGAGAUGGACCGCACCAUCAUGCCCUGUGGCACCGUCGUCACCACUGUCACUGCAGUGAAGAGCAGGCCAGGACGGGCCCUGCCCCUUGAAACCAUGAAAACUCCACCCAAAACUAAACUGUCUGAGAGACGAGUGUCUGAGCAGCCUGCAGGUCUGGGAGCCAGAGUCAGCAAGGCAUUGUCAUCGUCAGACACAGAGCUGCUGGUGUUGAAUGGGACUGACCCUGUGGCCGAGGCCGCCAUCAGGCAGCUUUAUGAGUCCGCGAGGCAGAAACUUAAAUCCCCAGUGAAAAAGAGCACAAUUAUUAUCUCUGGAGUGGCAAAGGCGCCACUGACCCAGGAUGAGGAGCUGGCGUUGAUGGCUGGCUAUGCUGCUGCUAUGGACGCUUCCAUGGCUGAGACCUGUGAGAGCGUCACCCAGGAAACAACCGCCAUGGCUGAGACCUGUGAGAGGGUCACCCAGGAAACGACCUCCCUGGACCCAGCAACGGUUCUUAGUGCACUGGAACCUUCGAAAGCCUUGGGGGAGCCCAGCGGAGCAGGCCACCUGGAAGACUGGGAGAGCCAGGCGGGAGAGGACCCAGACGCUGACCAGACUUCCCUGUGCAUGUCUGAGACCGGCUCCAAAAAGGGAAAAGGCAGCUUCCUCCACAGGAGUGCCAAGCUGUUCUUCCGUCGGAGGGCGCAGAGGAAGGAGCCUGGCAUGAGCCAGUCCCACAACGACCUGCAGUACUUGGAACAGCCAGACGUUCCGACAAUGGCCGACAGAGAGAAGAGGACAGCCACCUUCAGACGCAUCAUUAACCGCAAAAUGCUUCCCAGGAAGAAGACCAGAGCCAACGGCACUGCACGGGAGUCUCCGCCCUGCUGACGUGCGCCGAGUUGCCAGCGUUCAUAUAAGCUCUGCACUACAGCUGCCUUCUCUGACCUCCUGACCUCCUGAUUUCCACCCCUCUCAUCACACUUCACACUAAAUAUUUUUAAGUCAGUAGCCUACCAGAAUAAACUGAGUUUUACAGCAUGAAGUUUUACAGCGCAACCCCUUACCAGCUUCUGUAGCAGAUUAAUUUACAGUUCAGUUUACUCUUCAUGACAAUUGCAUCAGGCCAGUCACAGAUGAAAUCUGUGUGCAUUGGCAGUACCAGUGAUUGACAAGCAAACUUGCCAGUGAAUUUGGUCACAUGACUCACCAGUGGAUUCUCUGUCAGAAGUCUCAGUGGUAGUAUUGAUGAUGAACAGAGAAGAGAUGGACAGCCCGAGGCAGGAGAUGAGGUAGCCACUAAAGAGUAAGCGUUUAAAGUCUCCCACACUGGCAAGGACAGGUUUUAAAAUAAGUAAGUUUAAUAUUUGGUUAUUUACAUUUCAUUUGAAUGUAUCCUAAUUCAAAUAUGGGUAGGUAUAUCUAACGCUGCUGGUGGUGUUUUGGCUUUUUAUUUUGGAUAUACUGUUUAAACAGCUGUAAAGAAUAUUAAUAUUUGUAAUUUAAUUACCAUUUUAAUUUCUUAUUUUUAGUAUUCCAAAAAUCACACUAAUAAUCAAUGAAAGAAUGGUGUGUUUAAUUUUUACCAAAGGAUGAAAAACACUACACUUGGGCAUUUGGGGUAAGUGAAGCCAGCUCUAUAGACCAGACUUCUCCCUUAUCCCUUUAUCUUACACAUUUCCUCUUUAACAGUGACCAAGAGCUUUAGUUCCAGUGUGUGGUAUCACAGAGUGCAGUUCAGGGUGGUCAGUGAGAUUUUACUUGAUUAAUUUUGUGGUUUUUUUAUUGUAACUAAUCCUAAAAAGGCAACGACUUCCUGAGUAAAAUGUAUCUCCAAGGAAAAGUGUCCCCAGAUUAAGCAUGGUCUGGGCAGUGGGAGAUCACAGUUGGAGUGAUGGUUUAGGCUUAAUCUGGGGCUAGGAAACUGAGUCUUGCAGUGGCCAUUAAGGAUCAUUUUUACCCACUUCCUGGUUGCUUACAGCUUGGCUGGCUGGCUCUCUCUCUCUCUCUCUCUCUCUCUCUCUCUCUCUCUCUCUCUCUCUCUCUCUCUCUCUCUCUCUCGUUUAAUGCCUGGGUAAAUGAUCAGUCAUUAACAACAUCUAGCGAAUGCAAUCUGCAUCCAUCUGAGGUCAGGACCACUAGCCUGCUAUGCACGGGGUCCUGUAAUUACAUGGUCAGGGGUGCUGGGAUAAAGAACUUUCUAACCGCUUCUGUUUGGAUGGGAGGUACCUGCUGUUAGAGGGGAGAUUUGGAUGACUGUCCUUGGCUGCAGAUGUGGAGAACGUUGCACCUGGUGGUGUUUUACUGUAUUCAUACAUCUGUUGAUGCUUUACUGUAUUCAUACAUCUGGUGGCAGAAACCAAAUGUCCAUAACCACCAUGAUGGAACCGGGAAGAGUGUUCAUUCUGCAAGGGAUGUGGGACAAUAGGAAAUGAUUCAGCUUUUUUUUUUUUUGUUAACUUGUUUUCAGAAGUAUUUUUAUUAGUGUUGCCACUAAUUUAAAUUGGUCAAUCUGUGAGAUAUAUAUAU